GGCGGUAGAGCAGCGCGUCAUACAGAGCUUCCGGUUCAAAGGUGAGAGUUGAACCAGCAGCGCUCUCCUCACGUUUAGCCAACAACAUGGCUAAACAUCAUCCAGAUCUGAUCUUCUGCAGAAAACAAGCCGGUGUCGCUAUCGGGAGACUUUGUGAGAAAUGUGAUGGCAAAUGUGUCAUCUGUGACUCCUACGUGAGGCCGUGCACGCUGGUGCGCAUCUGUGAUGAGUGUAACUACGGCUCCUAUCAGGGACGCUGCGUCAUCUGCGGAGGGCCCGGAGUGUCUGACGCCUACUACUGUAAAGAGUGCACCAUCCAGGAGAAAGAUCGAGAUGGCUGUCCUAAGAUUGUGAACUUGGGCAGCUCUAAAACAGAUCUGUUUUAUGAAAGGAAGAAGUACGGCUUCAAGAAGAGGUGAAGACACCACGGCCCAGUUCUUCUUUUAGUUUUUCAGCUUUAUGCAGAUUUUUUUUUCAAACCUCAAGAAACUUUUUUUGACUUUUCAAUAAAACUCAGUUUUAUAUUUC